AUGGUCUUUGAUAAGAUUUUCGGAGCAGAACUGGCUGGAGCACUUAGUUUAGCGAUUUUGCUCUUUUUGUACGUUCUCGGAAACUCGAUGAAAAGACCCGAGAAUAUUGGAAAACACUUCAAAGAGAAAAUUGGCCUCUUACCAGAAGAAGACAAAAAUAAUGAGCUCUAUCAAGAGAUGUCUUCCGGCGACCUUCGGCGCAGAACUGUUCAGCGAAUUUAA